UCAGUUACACAGAGCGCAGUUGAAUUUGCUGUUAAGGCUGGGCGAGGAGGGAGGCAGAGAAGAACCGCUGCCCGUAGCCGGAUAAACAUCAAGUGUUGUUGGUGCAGGAAGGACAUUGUGGACAGCAGGAAAAACUUGAAGCUGAUGGACAUUGUAUAGGCCAGAGGCAGGGAUGGUCGCCUAUGACCUCAAAGCAAGUGGUAAGAAUAUCUCCAGUUUCGAGGUGGCAGUAGCAGGGUCUGCAUCUGGACUUGUCACUCGAGCGCUCAUCAGUCCCUUGGAUGUCAUCAAGAUUCGUUUCCAGCUUCAGAUUGAGAGCCUCUCUCGGAGUGAUCCGAACGCAAAGUACCAUGGGAUCCUGCAGGCAGUGAAGCAGAUUUUGAAGGAGGAGGGCCCAAAAGCAUUCUGGAAAGGCCACAUGCCAGCUCAGCUUCUCUCUGUAGGCUAUGGAGCUGUCCAAUUUUUGUCAUUUGAGCUGCAGACGGAGUUGGUACACAGAACCAACAUGCCUGAGGCUCACGAGUUCUCAUUGCACUUCCUGUGCGGUGGCCUGUCUGCCUGCGCAGCCACCCUCACUGUGCACCCCAUGGAUGUCCUGCGAACCCGCUUUGCAGCUCAAGGGCUCAGACUGCCACCCCAAACUCACCCAUAUGCACAUGUAUGUGUCCAGGUCUACAAAAGUCUGCGAGCCGCUGUGGUGAGCAUGUAUAGGACCGAAGGCCCCUUGGUCUUCUACAAAGGAUUGAACCCCACCUUGAUAGCCAUCUUUCCCUACGCUGGGUUCCAGUUCUCCUUUUACAGCCUUCUGAAGCAGACAUAUGAAUGGGUCCUGCCAAGCGAAGGAAAGAAAAAUGGGAACUUCAAAAACCUGCUCUGUGGCAGUGGAGCCGGCGCCAUUAGCAAGGUCCUCACGUAUCCCCUGGACCUCUUCAAGAAACGGCUACAGGUCAGAGGGUUCGAGCAUGCCCGAAGCGCCUUCGGCCAGGUUCGCCGGUAUGAUGGCCUGUUGGACUGUGCUAGGAAGGUGCUGCAAGAGGAAGGCGCCCAGGGCCUCUACAAAGGCCUUACCCCUAGCCUGCUGAAGGCAGCCUUCUCCACGGGCCUCACGUUCUUCUGGUAUGAGUUCUUCUGUAACUUCUUCCAACACAAGAAGAAAGUAGACAGCUAGCUUUGACAGCUGCAGGCGUGGCCUGACUGGACGUGAGCUUCUGGAAGAAGUUAAACUGAUCUCAGUCGUGUUCUACGUGGUGCUGUCUGAGCAGAAGGAUUCUUGGGGUGUCGACCAGCAGCUCUCAGUCUCCAUCAUGGACACCAGCAGAGGGCUAGGCCUUUCUCCACACAACAGCAUGGGGAGGACUUGGUCUGGAAGGCAUCCUGAUGAUGCCUCAGAGGGAGCUGGCAGUUACUUUUCUUCAGUCUAGCCUCUGCUCUAAGAGCAGUGGCUGCCAUCCUGCAUGUUUUAAUCUCUCCUGGCUCUAGAACUGGGGCUGGGCUUUUAAUAGGGCUGUGGCCCACUUAUUUUACAGACAUUAAAGCUGAAAGCACA